AUGGGCCUACAGACUCGUCAGGCAAUGGCGCCGGGCCUGGACUCCAGACCGACCGUGGAGGAUUUCCGCGAAGACAGCGCUUGGGUGCGGCUGGCCAAAACCCACUGGCUGGAGGGUUCCAAGGCCCGCAAAGUCAAGCAGGAUGUCAUCAAGAAGGACAUCUGGGAUCCCCUCGAGGCUGAGGGCUUUAGCUUUCGCUCACUUCUGACGCUGGAGAACUUGAACAUACUGGAAAAGUUUCUUUGGCCGACCUAUACGGAAGAUGCCUCGAACUACCACGUGCUACUGCUCGCCCUGGUUGUGAGUGUGAAGCAGCGAGAACAUUUGUCUAUCUGGGGGAUCUUCUCCGAUCGACCGGAUGAUUUCUCGAAUCUUUUCCACCGGAUCCUUUCAAUGAGCAUUGACCCGUCGCUCAGUACGUUUUCGCGGUCGUCGAUAGUGUCGUUCAUCAUCAGUGCCUUCCAGUCCGUCGAGAACCCGUUGAUACGCAAGGAAUGUGCCCCGCUUGUCUCCAUCUCCAUCUGGCACAACUUGUCGAGCGAAGAAGCCAGAGACCGUUUAUCAGCGAAAAGCCCGGCAUUGAAGAAGGCCUGGAGGGCUGCGGCGAAACGAUACGAUGCAGGAGAUGAAGCAGGCAAGGCAAGGAUUCGCUUCGAGCGAUCCUGGCUGUAUACCAUGCUUUUGGAUUUUCUACGGAGGCUGAACGGACCUGAAAAGGACCAGGCAGAUAAUCUGCAAUACUGCGAACGAUUUCUUGAGUUCCUUGUGGAUCUAGAAAGCCAACCUCCCACCCGACGCUAUGUGAACACACUGUUGAGCGAUCUCAAUUUGUUGCCUGUUAUCCGCCUAUCGCAAUUAUAUCGCUCUUCGGACCAUGCGUUGCUCCGGGAUCUUUGCAAUCUCCUGAAGCAUUUCUGUGCGUUUGCAAUUGACGACUUCAGUGGAGAGGCUUUGACUCCCCAAGCCGUAUACGAUGCCCACUGCCAAGAGCUAGCACGUCUACAAAGGACCUCGAUGAAAUUCUUCAAAGACAAGCUAAUGAUCCUAGCUCUGUCAAACUAUGGAUCCCUCGAACAACGCUCCGAGCUAGAGGGGCAAUUGGUUGCCUUGGACGAUUUCGAGCUCCAGAGCCUGUGCUCUCACCUCGGGUUCCGCACGGAAUAUCCGAAACAGUGUCAAAUCACCCCCGAUCGCCAUCUGUAUCUGGAAAUUCUGCUGUCAUUCUAUGAGCGGAAGCCGGCAUUCCAAGAAACUGCCUCCCAGCUGAGCAUCGUUCCCACCGAAGAAAACCUCUAUGACCCGGCAUUACUACGCAACGAAACCUACGAUGGAUCCCGGCCGCUUGCGAUCCCCAAGCUGAACCUUCAGUAUCUUAGCCUCGGUGAUUUUAUGUGGCGUUCCUUCCUGCUCUACCGUUCGGAGGCAUUCUUCCAGAUUCGCAAAGACAUGGAGUCGAUUGUGAAACGGAUGCAGCCCCGCGCAAGCCGGGAUGGGAAGACCUUGACAUUUGACGGAUUCUCGAGGAUGGCCAUCCCUAUCACAAAGCCUGCUAUCAUCGAGGUUGCACCUCCCACAGUUGGCUCGGCAAAGCCUGCGUUUGUAAGAGCCGAAAUAGCUAUCGAGGUGGGAAGACUGGCCGAGCACAUCCGAGUGGAAUGGGAAUCACUUCGUCCGGAAGAUGUCGUCUUCUUGCUGGCUGUACAGUCCGAUGGCGCUGGGCCCCGAGAUCCCGAAAGUCCCAGUCUGAAACAUCUUCGAACAGCAGAGAUUGUACAGGUGCUCGAUGAAAACGGUCGCCCACUGCGUGAAUCUGUCUCAGGCCAGUCGAACGGUCACAGAUCUAGGCCACGGGUUAGGAAAUUGCUGGUCAACUUAGACCCUGCUGCAUUCAAAGCAGACAAAGACAGCCUUGCGCGAGGGAAGCCGGAUGUUUACCCGUUUAUCAACGUGAUAGCGAGACGGAAAGGACGGGAGAAUAACUUCAAAUCCAUACUUGAUACCAUGCAAAAGCUUAUCGUCUCGGACAUCGCCCUCCCUUCCUGGAUCCAGGACAUCUUUUUGGGAUACGGAGACCCAUCUGGGGCCCGGUACACAGAGUUGCCCAAUCGAUUGAAAUCUGUUGAUUUCCGGGACACAUUCUUGGACUGGCAGCAUCUCAUUGAAAGCUUCCCUGGCUCGACCAUAGAGCCCUCGAAGGAGGAAACGUCAAGUUUUGGCCCUCCGUACAUACUUGAAUACGCCGAGGAGCCAUCCAACCCGCCUGCGACAGGUACUUCUAAGAAGCGGAGAAGGCUUCAAGCAGAAAAGGCAAAUGGCCCCAAGUCACUGCGUGUCUCGACAUAUAAACCGCCCAAUCCCGGCCCCUAUCCCAUUGACGCACCCAAGCUCAAUACCGUCCGGUUCACCGCGGCACAGGUGGAGGCUAUCGCCUCUGGAACCCAGCCCGGCCUCACCGUUAUUGUUGGACCUCCUGGCACAGGCAAAACCGAUGUUGCAACCCAGAUUAUAAACAACAUCUACCACAAUUUCCCUAAAGAGCGCACACUGCUUAUUGCGCACAGCAAUCAAGCGCUGAACCAACUCUUCCAGAAGAUUGUUGCGCUGGACAUUGACGAACGUCACCUUCUCCGUCUCGGCCAUGGCGAAGAGGAGCUAGAUACUGAGACCAGUUACAGCAAAUACGGACGCGUAGAGUCAUUCCUCGAGAAUCGCAACCAGUUCCUCGGGGAAGUUACUCGACUAGCAGCUUCGAUCGGAGCACAGGGUGCCCAUGGCAACUCCUGUGAGACUGCUGGAUACUUCAAUACCGUUCACGUUCAGCCUGCAUGGGCCAAAUUCUGGGAUCACGCUCGCAGCGAGACUGCUUCAACCGAGGAGAUCAUCGCGACAUUCCCCUUCCACACGUAUUUCACCAACGCACCGCAACCUGUUUUCAACCCCAGUGCUACAAAAGAUACCCUGCUUGAUGUAGCCGAGGGUUGCCAGCGGCACAUUGCGAAAAUCUUCUCCGAAUUAGAAGACAUUCGCCCAUUUGAAAUCUUGCGUCAACCUAAGGACAAAGCCAACUAUCUCCUUGUCAAAGAGGCAAGAAUCAUCGCCAUGACGUCAACACACGCUGCCAUGCGUCGUCAGGAGAUAGCUAACCUUGGAUUCCAUUAUGACAAUGUUAUCAUGGAAGAGGCGGCACAGAUCACAGAGAUCGAGAGCUUUAUCCCUACUGCCCUGCAGAACAUGAAGAGCGGCGAGCUCCCUCUGAAGCGUGUGGUCCUAUGCGGUGACCAUCUUCAGAACUCUCCCAUUAUCCAGAAUAUGGCUUUCCGGCAGUACGCUCACUUCGAGCAAAGUCUGUUCCUCCGUCUGGUGCGGCUGGGGGUUCCAGUAAUCACACUCGACCAGCAGGGACGCGCAAGACCAAGUAUUGCAGAGCUCUUCCGGUGGCGUUACCAGCAACUUGGAGACCUGCCUGUUGUUCAAACAACCUUGGAAUUCAAGCAGGCGAAUGCCGGCUUCCAAUUCGACCACCAGUUCAUCAACGUCCCUGACUAUCAGGGCACAGGCGAACGCGAGCCCACUCCCCAUUUCAUUCAGAACUUAGGAGAGGCCGAGUACGCCGUUGCCAUCUAUCAGUACAUGCGUCUCCUUGGAUACCCCGCUUCGAAGAUCACUAUUCUUGCCACCUACGCUGGCCAAACGGCAUUGAUCAAGGAUGUCCUCGGCCAUCGUUGCGCCAAGAACGGACUAUUCGGAAUGCCCAAGAUCGUGACGACGGUGGACAAGUACCAAGGUGAACAAAACGAUUAUGUAAUCCUUUCUCUCACAAGAACCCGUACUGUCGGCUAUCUACGUGACGUCCGCCGCCUCACCGUUGCACUGUCUCGUGCCCGUCUUGGACUGUACAUCCUCGGCCGUCGCGAGGUGUUCGAGUCGUGCUAUGAGCUCAAGCCCGCGUUCGAUCUGCUAUUCCAGCGCCCGGACAAGCUUAUGCUUGCCCCGGGCGAGAUGUUCCCGUCUGCACGCUCACUAGAUGAUGAGGUUCAGAGUACAGCGAUGGAAAGUGUUGAGCAUCUCGGCCAAUAUGUGUUUGAGAUGACCCAGGCCAAGCUGAAAGCCAUGGGCGAAGUCAGUGUCGUGGUCGACAAUGAUAUGCAGGUCGGUGAGGAUUAUGUGAUGGAUGAGGAUGAGGUGAUGCUUGGGGCCGGGGAGGAAGGAGAAGAUGAUCCUUUGCACGAGCAUGCAUGA